CUCCUUACACACAGCUUUUCAGCUGGACUCUCUCCCAACGAGCUGAAAAGCAGUCCAAUAUUUGAAUCCAUCAAUCCACACGGUCACCUCAGCCCAAGGCAACACGGUAUCAAGCUUCUGCCAUUCCACCUGAUCAGGGUUUCGUAGAUGGACUGACGCUUUCUCUGCACCUCAUCCUUAGUCAUCCAACCAUGGAGGAACUCCAAAGGAAACUGAACCAGUGUUAUGAAGGCACCAAGCCCAGAAAGGUGAGAUUCAAGCUGGCGUCAUCCUACAGUGGCCGGGUGCUGAAGCAUGUGUAUGAGGAUGGUCAGGAGCUGGAGAGCCCAGAGGAAAAGUACCCACACAGCUUCAUCCACCGUAAAAUCCCGCCCAGCCACCUUGAGAUGGAGCAGCUUUGCAGCUUUGAGGAGGCUCACAGGGAUGAACAAGGUUUUUAUCCGACAACAGGACUCAUUGCCCAAAGAAUAAAUGUAUACAGAGGGCUGAAAAACUACAAGCCCGCGGGUGGUCAGACUGAAGAAACAGAGGGUGACAGCAAGUCCUCAGUUUUGGAUUUUGGCAAAAUAAUUAUCUACACCAGCAAUCUACGCAUAAUAAGAGCACCACCGAAGAAACUUGAAAUGAUGAGGCAGCACUCAGUACUUCCGCUGGACUUGGAGGGAUCUCCAAAUGCCAGGGAGAGGGAGAGCCGGAGGAGGGCUAAAGUUCUUCAGGUACAGGAGGAGGUGGAAAAGGAAGAGAGGGGGAUCAUCAACAAAAAUACCAAGGAGGCUGACAGCUGCCAACAUUGUGGCGGUUCAGGCUGCGCUCCGUGCUCCCUGUGUCAUGGCAGCAAGCUGUCCAUGCUAGCGAACCGCUUCAAUGAGUCCAUCAGCGAUCUGCGUUGCCAAGCCUGCUACCCCCAUGGUCUGGAGAGGUGCCAGUCCUGCUCCAGUAAAUAGCACCAUUUGCCCGGCAUCCAUGUCUGCCAAUGAGAGUGCAGCCUUGAGUGUGUGACCGAUGCGCUAUCGCCUUGUCAUAACUGCCUCAGCUGCAUUACUGCUUUAAUUCAAAAUGUUCUUGGUGGGAUGUUUCACAGCUCUACAAGGAAACAUAAGCCAUGAGAAAACAAGGGAAUAGUGACUGUAACAAAAUUAUGAAAUAGCAAUUACUGUGUGCAUUGAAUGUUGCAUGAGAUAACACAAACACAAUCCCGUUUUGUUUUGGUUUUUGCCUUUGUUUUGCAUCUGUGUGCCUCUUCCCCAUAAAACCUGGUUCGACAAUCUUGUUAUAAUUUUAAUUAAGAUGACAAAUUUUAAGGUUAAACGUUCUUACUGAGAAAGCUGCCCUUUUCUCAUUUUUCCAGUUUGUUAAACAGAGAAGGUAACCUUUAUUAUGUCAAAAUGAUGUAUUUUUAAAAGCUAAUUGCUGUUAAUUUUUUUUUAGACAGAAGAGACAACAGAUAACGUAGAAAAUAAGGACAUAGUUUGAUAAGGUAAUAAUGUGAAACAAAUAUUUUUUUAGAUAAGCUGCUUUAGAUCAUCUCCUUUUCAAAAAGGUUAAAUACAUGACAGAAGCAGAUUCAGUCCAGGGCAGAACCAAACCAAACUGUUGCUUAGGAGCUCCAGGCUGACAGUGGACCCCUAAGAGCACUUGACUUCUCAUGCAGAAUACACAUCAAACAACUUCAUUUUGCUUCAAAGGUGUUUGAAAAAGAUCUUUAAAAAUAUUUCUUUUUUUACUUCAUUUAGGGCAUUUUUAAAAACUGACAAAUAUAUUUGCUGCAAUCAUACAGGAAAAAAAUUAUAAUUGUGUUCAUAUGCUUAUAUGAACACAUUCAUAUGUCAUCAGUUUAAUGUAUCUGUACUUAGAAUCAUUUAAUGCAAACUGUAACUGUAAAUUAAUCUUACUACAUAAAUUACAAGUUUCUUUGUGUACUUGUAAGCAAAACCAGUUAAAAUUGCCCCUCGCUCUUCAUUGCACUGAGUCUGGUUUCAAUGCUGUACACUGGAUACAAAAACAAAAAACAUUUAUUUGAGGUGAAUAUUCUAAGGGUCAAGCAAAGCAAACUCUUGUGUGUAAUCAGUGUAGGUUACUAAUAAACCAUGACAGUGGGGAUUUUAAACGCACUACAUGUGAACAAUCAAGCAUGGAUGAUUUAAGAGAGAUAUUACGGAUGAUGAUGUGGCUAAUUAGCUUAACUAGAACUGGGGCCCCAAAUCAAACACAAUUUCAUAUGAAUUAAAUGUAUAGAGUAAUGCUGCUUUACCAAACUGAAACUAUUUACCCUUCCUGUACCUCUGGUCAUUCCUAUCAGCCUUUAAUGGAGACUAAUUACUGCUGUUUUCUAAGAAUAGAAUUACCAGUAACAAGAAUCCUGCGCUGAAACAGACUGUGUGUUUUUCAUAUGGGAGAGGAGUUUAGGUUUUUAGUAAUGAGUAUUCUCUCUUAAAAAACAAGAUGUUCAAGGUGAUCAAACAGAAUUGUAUUGAGCAAAUGUUUCUUCUUUAACAUGUGGGGUUAGCAAAAAAGUUUACACAUUACAGACAACACAGAAACAACAACUGAGAGCCAGUUUAAUUGUUUCUCAUGCUAACUAAAGAAAUGCUAAUGUUUAUAAACAAAAAUGCUGAAAGAUGCUACAUGCUAGCUGUUAACUCUUAGAAGGUUAUGAUUGAGAGCAACUUUAAAAGGCUGGUAAAGCUCCUGUAUCUUCAACAAGUCUAACCUAACACCUAUCAGACAACACAAGCUAACACUAUUUUAUUUAAAUAUUAGCUACAUGGACAUAGCUCAAUGAUGGCAGUCUGUUAGUUUGAGCUCCCGUGUUUCCCAGGUGCCGAAUUUGAACCAUGCAAUGGUCCGUUUAUUUAUUUUUCAAACUUUAUUAAGAAUAACAAAAUGGAUCAUGGUACACAUCAAAUUGGCAAUAACACAGAAGAAUACAAAGGAAAUGAAUGAAAAGGAUACAACUUGAGUAUACCAUAAAAAUAAAAUACUAGGGGUUUCAAACCAUUCUUAAUACACAAAUGUUUAAAAGAUGACAAGUUUUAAGCCUUUUUUAUUCAUGCUGUCUAUUGUUAACAUUAGAUAUUGCUUUAUAUACAAAAGUAAUGUAUUGAAAUUUGGCUUAUGAUUGGAGAACUUGAAUUUAUUAACAUAGAAUGUGUACAGUGUAAGUAGGAAACGUAAAAGUGAGAACUGAGUUUACUGACAAUAUCUUUGUAACCAAACAAGACAUUUCUUUACUUUCAGCAUAAGGAAAAAUUUGGGUUAGCAUGAUCAGACACAAAACGUGAGGGUUUGCUACAAAGUUGUUUUGUAAGUGAGCAAUACCAGAAUAAAUGAACCAUUGUUUCCCUAUCGACUUCAUCAAAAGCGCAGUUUACUUUAAAAUUACCUUUAAGUCCUUGAAGGUAGGGUUUCGUUAGAUAGAACUCAACGUGAUUAAUGAAAAACUGAUUUUGGAGUUUUUGUGUAUGGUUACUUCUGUGUACAAUUCCUGAAAAAUGUGCAAGGAGCUUUAUGCACAUUGAGCUAAAUAGCAUGAUCUGCUGUGGGCUGCAUCUGUACAGAAACCUCACUAGCCAACCCUCAUGCUGCUAAUAACCCAUGAAAAUGCAGAUGGCCUUUUCCCGUUACAGCACAGCUAAAACCAAUUGUGAACAUGUGGAAAACCUCCAUAUUUAUUGGGGAAUUAUAUUGAUUUUAAGGAAAAAUAUCUUCAUACCUGUAGUACUUAUUGCAGGAGAGUUGUGAUCGGACGGUCAAGAAAGCAGCAUCAAAAAAAUGUGUUUGUUCUAAAUGGACAAUAGGACCAUGAUAGCUCUUACACUGAAAUUAGGCUUUCCACAUUUAAAGCAGCUUCUCAAUGUUGGUAGAGGGGGCUUGAGUCUCAGAUAUUAAAAUGAACUAAUUCUGUUACAACCCAACACUAUGGUUAUGGACGUUCAAUGCUCGCGGAAAAUCAUCUAUAGCAAAUAAAUAGCUGACUCUUCCCAUGAGAUGUUAUCCCCCCCCUGUGAAAGAGACUCGCCACCUGGGUAACCAAAUUCCUAAAACUGUAAGAUUUAGGACUGAAAACAACCAUUUUCUAUCACUGGCCAGAUUUUCUGAAGUAUUUAAAGAUAAUUAGGAAUUACUUUUCUAAACUAAGUUCUUAAAUUACAAUAUGCAUUAUGAAAAUAUUGGGAUUUUUGGCCAAUAAUUACAACCAUUAUACCAUCCUCCAAUUUAUUCCCUGCUAAUUUAUGGAUUAAUGCAAUUAAACUUCAGAGAUUUACAGUUCUUUUAAAAUAAAAGUUUUGACAUUUUUAUUACUGUUUUUAUUUACAUAUAUGACCAUUUGUUUUGCUCUAUCAUUAUCAUCAUCUUGUUUUUUCAAGGGUUGUAAACUGUAAGCAAUUGGCUCAUAUUAAUUGUUGAUCUUUAUACUUUUGAUUUUUACAGGGUCUCUUAUGAGUCUGAAAGGACAUUUUUGUUAUUUAAUCUGUUUUCAGCAAUGAGAGAUGCAUCAUAACUGUAACAAAAAGUCCUAA